AUGUUGCCAUUUAUAGUUACAGAUGACCUGCCGUUGCAUAUUCUGCAUAUUCGAUUUCGAUUCGCGACUGGAGAAAGGAAAUCCUCAAGCCUUAACACACCACAAACUUCUGACCAUGGCAAGACUAUUCUCAUAACCAUGACUAUUACCAUCACACACACUGAUAUUGCCAAGUUGGAACUCUUUCAACCAUAA